AUGUUAAACGCGAGGGCCGUACUACGCCACAUCCUGGUUAACCAUCCUCCGCAGUGCACCAGCUGCCACACAUAUCCGCAGCAGGACCUGGAGCCAGACCAGACCCAUGCUCCACCCUACGACGAGAUAUCCGCCAAGGAGAUGAUGAACGAGUGUGCCAGGAUUUCCAAGUAUGUGAAGAACACCAAUUCCGAUGAUCAGGACUGGGUGGCACGCCUAAAUAAAUCUACCUGGAGCCCUAUCCAAACGACGCUGUUCGAGAGGGUAUGCAGCAUACUCGACCAGGACCAGCUGGCGCGUCUGGCCAACGACAAGCGCCAGCACGAGGUUGUCCAUCGUCGUGUGAGCGUGGACAAGUCCGCAUCGCGAAUGCGUCGGGCUUUGGGCAGCGUUGCCUGGGAUCAGCGCAUCACUCAAUGGCUACACACACUGCUCAUGCAGUCCAUGCCGCCCUCGUACAUGGCCUCCUAUCUGGACAUGAUGCAAACACUGAAAACUAAGCUGCCAACCCUAAUGGACAAGCUGCUGUUCAGUCGGCCGCUCUGCAAUAACCAGGAGCUGCUCGCCCCAGUCAUGAAGAAGCGAUGGGAGCCAACUAUUCUGCCCAAGAAUCGUCAAUUGUCGCACAAUGCCAUAAUGGUGGUGCUGCCAAAUAUGCCCGCCAGCAGCAAUGUGCCUGAGCGCAUGCACAAAUGGUAUCGCUCGCUGGCUACCAUCUGCCAGGUUGUCCAGAUCACCAUGCCCAAUACGAAAGAUCGGAUUGCCAAUCACAAUCUGGAUCAGGUGGCCGAAGUCAUUGUGUGCCUCACACGUGUCCGCAUAAACGAGCUGCGCUCCGAGAAUCCCAAUCGUGGCAUUAUUCUUGUCGGCUUCAAUGCCGGCGCAUCCCUUGCCCUUCAGGUGGCCCUCUCGGAGAGCCUGGCGUGUGUCGUUUGCAUGGGCUUCGCCUACAACACAUUGCGUGGUCCUCGUGGCUCUCCCGAUGACCGCAUCCUGGACAUCAAGACGCCCAUUCUGUUUGUGAUUGGCCAGAACUCGGCACGGAGCAGCCAGGAGGAAAUGGAGUCGCUGCGCGAGCGUAUGCAAUCGGAGUCCUCGCUGGUGGUCGUCGGCAGUGCGGACGAUGUCCUGCGUGUGCCCAAGAGCAAGAGACGCAUCGAGGGCGUCACCCAGUCGAUGGUGGAUGCCAUGGUGGUGAACGCUGAUGGAUCCUCCGGGUCCGCGUGUACCCACAACCAAGCCCUGCACAACCAAGGCACACAGCGCGGCCAGAACAGGCUGCAUCAGCAGCACGCCCUGGGCUUCGAGAAGGGAGGAGCCCAGCAGAAUCGCAAGCGCAAAGUGGAGUCAUCUAUCCCACUACUAAUACCUCCCCCGCAUGUACAACUCAACUCAAACCAAUCCAAAUCAAAUCAUAAAUCCCCAAAUCAUCAAUCAAAACCUCCACUAUCUCAAACAGUCCGCAGGCCGAAGGCACCGCGCCUCGUUGAUCCAUUUGCUCCCAAGCGAAAGGUUGGAAGACCUCGUACACGCCCACUGCCGAAUGCAGCCACUCCAGCUGGUUCUGGCAUUCAAAACAACAACAAUAACAACAACAACAACAACAACAAAGGUGCUCUCAGCGUAUACACACUAAAUCAAUCCAUUGAAUACCUACUAGAUGAUAGCAUGGACAGCGAUGAUACUGCAUCUGCAUCAGGUGGAUCCGUGGCAGGAGUAGGAGUAGCUGCUGGAGUGGCUGCUGGCGCAGGCAACCCCAAGGUGACCACGUCCGUGGCAGGGGCAUUUGAUAUGGCCUACAAAUCGCAACCGACGACGGUUAACCUGGCAGCUGGCACCAAAAUCAAGAUGAUACCCUCCAGCCAAUUUGUGCAGAUCAAAUCCCUGACGCCGCAAAAUAAACUGAUCAAUUAUACGGUGAACAAGCCCUCCACAACGGGCACCAUUGUGAAGACUCUAGGGGGCCCUGCCUCGGGCGGGCAACAGUACUUUACUCUCAAGACUUCGACGGGACAGACAACGAAAUUUGUGGCUACCUCCUCGCCAGCAGGAGCAGCAGGAGCGACCCCGCCGCAGCAAAAGUAUACGGUGUUCAAGAAUGCCAGUGGCAUGACCAUGCUGCAGUUGAACAAGAAUCAGUUAACCGGUGUGGACAUGUCGAGCAUCAUUGAUAUGCCAAUUAUGUUUGCCGACAAUGAGGGGAACAUACCCGAAGGGGAGAAGGAUCCGAAGAUAGUGCCAGCCACACCCGGUCGCAAUCCCAACAGCAAGAGUCCAAUCAUCAUCAGUCAGAAGAUCAUAAAGGAGGCCAAUGCCUCCAAGACAAUGCCGUCAAGCAGCACACCCGUCACCAGCAAGGUAGGCAACAAUAUCGUUCUCAACAAGGGAAUCCAGCAGCUGUUCACCACCUCGCCGAGCGGAGCCACCACCACAAUUGUUGGCCAAAACAAGGUGGUCUAUCUGGCGAACCGUGCGGCCGGAUCGUCCCCAGCAUCCACUACUACUGGCGGCGCUGCCGUCCGCCGUGUCGUCAACAUAGCCUCUGUCUCCAAGCUGAGUUCUGGCCAGGCCUCCGCCGAUUCGAAGGUCGUCAAGCUGCAGCCACCUACAAAGCAGAAUCAGCAGUAAGAAUCGCAGAUAUAGAGGGAAUCAUACAAUUUAUAAAUUUAUAUGUAAGCCAGGAUCGGAUCCCCAAUCAUUUUUAAAGAGAGUUUUAAAUUUGAAUUAAUCUUUUCAGCCCCAAUCCCAUGUAGAUUGUUGCAAAAUGUUAUUUAAAUCGAAAUAAAAUUACCCCUAAGAUUCAGCUAA